CCGCCCUCCUACUUCAUCCCCUCCGGCGCGAUGCACUUCAUUUCGUUCUUCGGCCCCGCCCUCAUCGCGCCCGGCAUCUGGCACCCCGAGCGCAUCGCGUUCGUUGUGCUCGGCCUGCUCUCGGGGCCCCUCCUGACCCAGGCCUGGGCGACCGCCGCCUCGGGCCCCGUCGUCGGCCGCCUCGAGUGGCCGAGCGUGUGGUGCCUGUAUGCUGUGGUUCAGAUUCUCCUGGGCAUCGGGCUGGAGUUCUUCCUGGGAGUUGAUGAGGCGGUCAACCAGCCCGGCCACAGCGGCUACGAGCGGUUCAGGACGAGAGUUCUCGCCGGGAAGCUCUGGGGCGGCACGCCCGACGUGCUCGCGGCGGCCGGGCCGCGGUGGUCGGCGGCGGCGGCGGCGGGCAAGGGGGCGGGCGGCCGGGCCAACGGGAAGGCGGCGAACGGCGGCGGGGCGGCGGCGGUUUACGCCGACGACACGGCCGGGGAGCGCGACGCCAACGGGCACGACAAGCACGCGUGA